AAAAACAAAAACACUUGAAAGAGAGGGCAAAGCUGGAAGACUCAUGAAAUUAUAUGACCUAGCGCAGGAAGAGCAAUGGACACAGGAGACACUCAAGAAAUACUUGUCAAUUGAAUGAAUAAAGAUGUAUCUCCUCUAAAGAGUUUUGUUUCUCAGGACAGCUUACCACCUGUUCAGUUUCCAGCUCUCCUACAAUGAUAAGAUUUUUCAAGAGCCAGCCUCCUUCUAUUAAGAGGAGAAGAAAACAGCAUGUGGAAAAUGAACUGGGCCGAUUUCGAAGACACUAAACCUCACCUAGCCAGCUCAGCGAGCAGACGGGAGGGGCGGCAACAUGAAGGUGGCUCCGCCUCCGGACCGCGGAACUCCCGCGCUCGCGAGGGGACAGGACAUCGCGGGGCUGCGCCUCUGUCGCUCAUUGGAGGAGUUCCGGGGGCGAGGUGCGCAGCGAAAACCAAUCACGGCUGGCGAGUGCACGCACGUGCCGUGGCUGGCCUAAGUCUCUGCAGGGGCUUUAGGAGGUUUGGGGCCUAAAGGACGCGAGCUGAGCUGAACCCCGAUUCAGGGAAGCCGGCUGGGAAAUAACCAACUCUGACCUACGCGAGCCGUUGUUUUGCGCUAGUUGCUCGCUCCGGGCCGGCUAUCAUGUGGGCUUCCCUGCGGUUAGCCCUGCGGCCCUGCGCCCGCGCCCUGGUCCCCGGGCCGCGCGCUUAUCACGGGGACUCGGUGGCCACGCUGGGUACCCAGCCGGACUCAGGUUCUGUCAUCUACCAGGAAAACUAUGAACAGAUGAGGGUACUUGUAAAUCAACUCCAUGAACGAGCACAGAAAAUAAGAUUAGGAGGCAGUGAGAAAGCCCGAGAACGCCACAUAGCAAGAGGAAAACUUUUAGCCAGAGAAAGAGUGGACAGUCUUAUAGACCCAGGGUCUCCAUUUCUGGAAUUAUCCCAGUUUGCAGGUUACCAGUUAUAUGCUAAUGAGGAGGUCCCUGCCGGUGGCAUUAUUACAGGCAUUGGGAGAGUCUCAGGAGUAGAAUGUAUAAUUGUUGCCAACGAUGCCACCAUCAAAGGAGGUACCUACUAUCCCGUGACUGUGAAGAAACAUUUGCGGGCUCAAGAAAUUGCAAUGCAAAACAGGCUCCCCUGCAUCUACCUGGUUGAUUCAGGAGGCGCAAACUUACCUCGGCAAGCAGAAAUAUUUCCAGAUCGAGAUCACUUUGGCCGUAUAUUCUAUAACCAGGCAAUUAUGUCUUCUCAGAAUAUUGCCCAGAUAGCAGUGGUCAUGGGCUCCUGUACAGCAGGUGGAGCUUAUGUGCCUGCAAUGGCUGAUGAAAACGUCAUUGUACGCAAGCAGGGUACCAUUUUCUUGGGAGGACCCCCGUUGGUUAAAGCUGCAACUGGAGAAGAGGUCUCAGCUGAGGAUCUUGGAGGGGCCGAUCUGCACUGCAGAAAGUCUGGAGUAUCCGACUACUACGCUUUGGAUGAUACUCAUGCCCUUCACAUAACUAGGAAGAUUGUGAGGAAUCUAAAUUAUCAGAAGAAAUUGGAUGUGUCCAUUGAGCCUUCUGAAGAUCCUUUGUUUCCUGCUGAUGAAUUGUAUGGAAUAGUUGGUGCUAACCUCAAGAGGAACUUUGAUAUCCGCGAGGUCAUUGCUAGAAUCGUGGAUGGAAGCAGAUUCAAUGAGUUCAAAGCCUUAUAUGGAGAGACGUUAGUUACAGGAUUUGCUAGAAUAUAUGGAUACCCUAUAGGUAUCAUUGGAAAUAACGGAGUUCUCUUUUCUGAAUCUGCAAAAAAGGGGGCUCACUUCAUCCAGUUAUGCUGCCAAAGGAAUAUUCCUCUGCUGUUCCUUCAAAACAUUACUGGGUUUAUGGUUGGCAGAGACUAUGAGGCUGAAGGAAUUGCCAAGGAUGGUGCGAAGAUGGUGGCUGCUGUGGCCUGCGCCAGUGUGCCUAAGAUAACUGUCAUCAUCGGGGGGUCGUAUGGGGCCGGAAACUAUGGGAUGUGUGGCAGAGCAUAUAGCCCAAGAUUCCUCUACCUGUGGCCAAAUGCUCGUAUCUCCGUGAUGGGAGGAGAGCAGGCAGCCAAUGUGUUGGCCACAGUGGCAAAGGACCAGAGAGCACGUGAAGGAAAACAAUUCUCCAGUGCUGAUGAAGCAGCUUUAAAAGAGCCCAUCAUUAGGAGGUUUGAAGAGGAAGGAAACCCUUACUAUUCCAGUGCAAGGCUGUGGGAUGAUGGGAUUAUUGAUCCCGUGGACACCAGACUGGUCCUGGGUCUCAGUAUUAGUGCAGCCCUCAACGCACCAAUCCAGAAAACUGACUUUGGCGUCUUCAGGAUGUAACUGGAAUGUAAAGCAUCUUCCGUUGGAGUACCCAAAAUUAACAUAUUAGUAGCCUUAAAAUUUUAGACUUUUCCAACAUGUGGUUAUUAUAGUAAAAUUGUUUUCUUAGCACAGUGCAUCAUACUUUCCUACCUUAAACAAAAAUCAGUGAAGAUACUUAUUUGAUGAACUUCAAUUCCUUGUGCAUUUUCUUCAACAAAUUUUUCUGUGGCUCAGCUUUACCACCCAUAAAGUGAAGAGGAUAGCUUACAGUUACCCUUUCUAACCCACAGGUAGCGUGAAAAGUCCAAUAAUCUGUACACUCCAUGUAUGAUUGAGAUAACAUAAAGUCAUUUUUCCACUGAAA